AUGGUCAGGACGAGUUUCUUCUCUUCCGGACUGACAGAUGCAGAAAUAGACUCAAUUCAGGCUUCCACAGGAAUGAUCCAUGGUACAUUGCCGGUUCGCUAUCUAGGGGUGCCUCUCUGCACGACAAAGCUAAAUAUCUCUCACUGUGAAAGGCUUAUCCAACAAGUGAAGUCAAGAUUUAACUCUUGGACAGUAAAGACACUCUCUUUUGCUGGUAGACUUCUGUUGAUAAAAACGGUGAUUGCGGGAAUCACCAACUUCCGGUGCUCAUCGUUUGUCUUGCCAAAGGCCUGCAUCAAAAGAAUCAACUCCUUAUGUAGCAUGUUCCUGUGGAAAGGCAACAUAGAAGGUCACAAUAGUGCUAGAGUUUCUUGGGAAAGUGUAACUCGUAAGAAGGAGCAUGGAGGUUUAGGGAUCAUUGACUUACUAACUUGGAACAAAGCAACCUGUCUUAAGCUGGUUUGGAUGCUUUUCUUCAGAGCGGGAUCAGUGUGGGUGGCAUGGUUUCGGGAUGAAAUUCUACAAGGUGAUAUCAGUAAUUAUUGGACCAUAAAACCUAGCAGGAAGCACUCUUGGCUAGCUAACAAACUAAUCAAACUCAGGAGUGAUGUAUAUCCUUGGAUAAAGCUCAGAGUGCAAGAUGGUCGUUCCUGUAAAUUUUGGAUAGAGAACUGGUCCCCAUUUGGAAACCUGCAACAUUUCCUCAACCCUACAGGAUGCUCUCGUUUGGGCAUUGCAAAAAACGCAACACUAGCCAGUCUUUGGAGAGAUGGAGCUUGGCGUUUGCCACAUGCUCGAUCAGAUAAUGAGCUUGAAUUACACAUGUUCCUCACUACUCUACAAAUGCAAGAAGGAAAAGAUUACUAUGAAUGGGAACUGGAAGGAAGGAUAAGUAAUAAGUAUUCAACUGGGGAAGUUUAUCAUUUGCUGAGAGGAGAACUCCCUGUAGUACCUUGGAAAACUGUUGUCUGGUCAACAGGUGCGAUCCCUCAUCACUCCUUCUUGACUUGGUUAUUUGUUCUUGACAGAUGCCCUACCAGAGACCGUAUACUGAGCUGGGGCCUGCAAACUGAUCCAGCGUGUCUACUCUGCUCAAUUGCGCCAGAAUCAAGAGACCACCUACUCUUCAACUGCGGUUUCUCGUUCUCAAUUUGGACGCUCCUUUCUCGUAGAUGCUCCAUCCAAACGCUAUCUGACUGGGACCAAAUCAUAGUCCAGCUUAUAAACCUGAGGACUGGGAAACUACACCGUCGCCUUGUGGUCAUAGCCUGGCAAGCAGCGAUCUAUGCGAUAUGGACAGAACGUAACUCUCGUCUUCACCGUUCGGUAUUUCGCUCAACGGACUCCAUUGGCAAAAGCAUCAUCACCCAAGUUACGAACAGAAUAUCAUCAUUCAGACCAACUAAUCCGUCCCUAAGCUCCAAGUUGAUGCAGAUUUGGCAAUCAACAGCAUGA